AAUUUCUAUUCAUUUCCGGGUGCAACUACAGCAGCUCCCGACUUUCACUGUAUACGAGCAACAGCGGACAAGAUGGCGGCGUUACGGGCAGUUGUGCAAGCCGGCAGCGGGAGAGCUCUGCUCAGCACCCCCAGAAUUGUUCACACGUCAAGGGCCAACAUGUCUUUCUCCUCCCUGUCACGGUCAAAGCAAGUUGCUGCGGCUACAGUGGCUGUGGUGUCUGCUGGCGGAGCAGGACUGGCUCUAAUGCUGCAACAGUCGGUAAGGGCCUCUGACUUGGAGCUUCACCCGCCUCAGUAUCCCUGGAGUCAUGCUGGACCUCUGUCCUCUCUGGACCAUGCCAGUGUGCGUCGUGGUUACCAGGUUUAUAAGCAGGUGUGUUCAGCCUGUCACAGCAUGGAGUACCUGGCCUUCAGGAACCUGGUGGGAGUGUCACACACAGAGGCCGAGGUCAAGGCCCUGGCAGAGGAGAUUGAGGUGGUUGACGGACCUGAUGAGAGUGGAGAGAUGUUCACGCGUCCAGGAAAGUUGUCCGAUUACUUUCCAAAACCGUAUUCAAACCCCGAAGCUGCCAGAGCAGCCAACAAUGGAGCUCUGCCUCCAGACCUCAGCUACAUCGUCAAUGCCCGACAUGGAGGGGAGGAUUAUGUCUUCAGUCUGCUAACAGGAUACUGUGAGCCCCCUGCUGGUGUCGAAGUCAGAGAAGGACUCUACUACAACCCCUACUUCCCAGGACAGGCCAUUGGAAUGGCUCCACCUAUCUACAAUGAAAUCCUGGAGUACGAUGAUGGAACUCCUGCCACCAUGAGUCAAGUGGCUAAGGAUGUUUGCACGUUUCUUAGGUGGGCUGCCGAGCCAGAGCACGACCAACGCAAACGCAUGGGACUCAAGCUGCUGCUGGGCACAGCCCUUAUCACCCCCCUCCUCUACUACAUGAAGAGACAUCGCUGGUCUGUGCUGAAGAGCAGGAAGAUCGCCUACAGACCCAAAUAAAAUUUCCACCAGAGGGAGCUGCUGUCUCAAACCAUUACCCACACAGAGCUCGACAUCCACAGCAGAGACAGCAGUGUCUCAGAUCAGACAUGCUCAUUGUUGUUGCAGGACAAACAUCUCAAACAACAGAAGCUGAUCUUCCAUGGAUCUGAAACCAAACCAUUUUAUUGUUUGCUUCAUGUCAUAGCCACGGACAUCCACUCAAAAACUCAUGUGAUAUCACUUCUUGUGUCCUCGGUGGAUCUAAGCUCUGUUUUAUUGUAAAAAAAUAAAAAUAAAUUAUGUUUAAGGAAA